AGAAGCGGGCCGACAGCAGCCUCUGAACACCGCAGUGCAUGCUACCGCUCAGCCUGCUCCUCUGUUCGCCUUUCUUCCACAGCAGCGACAACACGGAGGAAAACAGACGUCCUGUCUGUGAUUUUUACCCCGAACACAGGAGGACUGCCCGCGUCCUSACAAGCCUGCUCGCUCCCCUCCUGUCUGCCCGCAGUGCRGUGUGUGGUGUAAAUAGGACAGAACUUAGAAGAUAAAGUUAGCAGUUUCACCGCUGACCACUCACUGCAACGAAAGCCAGAAGAACUGUCGAUCCAGACCAGCUUCAGAGAACCAGGAGAGUCUGGUUUUUCCAGUCACAGACUUUCUGCAAGAUCAAAGGUGCAGCGGGGGCGAGGCUGCUCACGGGUCAAAACAAACCUGACGCCAUGGAUGUGGAUGAGGAAGAAAACAUGAGUUCAAGCAGCACAGACGUUAAGGAAAACCGAAACCUGGACAACGUGUCCUGCAAAGACGGGAUGGGAGUCGGUGAUCAGCUCCCCAAUGGAAGCGGCCAUGGCAGUCGAAAGCGCCCCUUAGAGGAGGGCAACAAUGGCCACGCGCAUUCCAAGUUCCGAGCCAAGAAGCGCAAGAAAACACCUGGACCGGUGCUGCCCAAGAAUGCUCUGAUGCAGCUGAAUGAGAUCAAACCAGGUCUCCAGUACAAACUGCUGUCUCAGACUGGGCCAGUCCAUGCACCAGUGUUUGUCAUGACUGUGGAGGUCAAUGGGCAAAUGUUUGAGGGCAUGGGUCCAACCAAGAAGAAAGCUAAACUGAAUGCAGCUGAGAAAGCGCUGCGUUCCUUUGUUCAGUUUCCCAAUGCRUCUGAGGCUCACCUGGCCAUGGGCCGUACACUGACAGUGAAUACAGACUUUACAUCAGAUCAAGCAGACUUCCCUGACAUGCUCUUCAAUGGCUUUGAGACACCAGCUGCUCCUGAAGAAUCCUUCUAUCUAGGCUCCAACGGUACAAACUCACUAGGGGAGUAUCCGUUACCCACACCACCUGGCAGCAACCUUGUCCAGGCUCCRUUGCCCUCUCCUUCUGCAUUCAGCUCACCCUCCACUGGCAAAAACCCGGUCAUGAUCCUCAAUGAGCUCAGGCCAGGCCUCAAAUAUGACUUUGUCUCAGAGAGUGGUGAGAGUCACGCCAAGAAUUUCGUGAUGUCAGUAACGGUGGACUCACAGACGUUUGAAGGCUCAGGGCGCAACAAAAAGCUGGCUAAAGCCCGGGCAGCACAGGCCGCCCUCUCUGCUCUCUUCAACAUGCAGCUAGACCAGACACCGUCCAGGCAACCCAUACCAAGAGAGGGGUUGCAACUUCACCUUCCCCAGGUUCUGGCUGACGCCGUCUCUCGCCUGGUGGUGGAUAAGUUCAGUGAGCUGACAGACAACUUCACCUCCCCUCAUGCACGAAGAAAAGUCCUGGCAGGAGUCGUCAUGACAACAGGAACUGAUGUGAAGGAAGCACAGGUCAUCUGUGUCUCCACAGGAACMAAGUGCAUCAACGGUGAGUACAUGAGUGACCGCGGCCUGGCACUAAACGACUGCCAUGCAGAGAUAAUCGCCCGACGCUCGCUCAUCAGGUACCUCUACACCCAGCUGGAGUUCUACCUCAGCAACAUAAAAGAGGACCAUCACAAGUCCAUGUUUGUGCCGUGUGACAAAGGAGGCUACAGGUUACAGGACAACGUUCAGUUUCACCUCUACAUCAGCACCUCGCCCUGCGGAGACGCCAGGAUUUUCUCUCCGCACGAAGCCGGAGUGGAAGAUCAGGGAGACCGGCACCCGAACCGCAAAGCAAGAGGCCAGCUCAGGACCAAAAUAGAGUCAGGGGAGGGCACCAUUCCUGUACGGUCCAGUAACACCAUCCAGACCUGGGAYGGCGUGCUUCAAGGAGAGCGGUUGCUCACCAUGUCCUGCAGUGACAAGAUCGCAAGGUGGAAUGUGGUGGGCAUCCAGGGCUCUUUAAUGAGCUACUUCACCGAGCCCAUCUACUUCUCCAGCAUCAUCCUCGGCAGCCUCUACCAUGCCGACCACCUCUCCAGGGCCAUGUACCAGCGCAUUGCGGAUAUCGAGGACCUGCCCCAGCAGUUCACCCUCAACAGGCCUCUGCUCAGCGGUAUAAGCAACGCUGAGGCCAGACAGCCGGGCAAGGCGCCCAACUUCAGCGUGAACUGGACGGUCGGCGAUCAGGCACUGGAGGUGAUCAACGCCACCACGGGGAAGGACGAUAUGGGCCGGCCCUCCAGACUCUGCAAACACGCCCUCUACAGCCGCUGGGUGCGCCUGCACUCGAAGCUGUCAUCCAUCCUGCGGAUCAAAGUGCCCAAGCCCAGCUCAUACCAUGAGGCCAAGCAGGCGGCCAUGGAGUACCACUCUGCUAAAAAGGCCCUCAUCAAGGCCUUCCACAAGGCCGGCCUGGGGGCCUGGGUCAAAAAGCCCAUCGAGCAAGACCAGUUCACCCUCAGCUCCUGAUUGAGUCCGGGGACCAAACGGAGAGGGGGGGUUUCCCAAUGCACCAGCUCCUCCUGCCCUCCCUCCCUGACCCAGGCCGGAAAACUUAUCGAGCCCCCCCUCAGUGACAUUUUAUUUCCGUCCCCACGUGUCAGCUACACAUGUGCACUUGUCAUCUGCGUGGCUCCACGAAUUCUCCAUAGCUCAUCAUUCCUCAGAGGACCUCCGCCUCAUCUUGUUUCUCAUCUUUGAUUUUUAAGCCUAUAAUUUUGGUUUUACUUGUUUUCUGUUUUUAAACUGGAAUCACUGCUCUUUUUUUUCAGUCACUUUGUUUUCAGGACAGAAAUGUUCCUCAUGCUGUAGGUGUGGAAAAGUGGCAAUAAAACAAUUUUUGUCUCUUUUCGCAAAAUGAGUGUAGCCUUUAUAGGGUGAAAUGUAGCAUAGAAGGAAGAUAUUUUUGUUGUUGUUGUUACUGACUAAUACCAAUGUGUAUGGACCUAAAGGUAAUUGCUAAAAUUAAAAACAGUGAUCUUUAAUUUAAUGAUUCAUAAAUCCUCAAGAUGUAAAUCUAGUUCAGAAAAGUGAAAAUAUUGUAGGAAUAACAUAUAAUGUGUGUUUCUCUGAUGCGUCCUUAGCCCCUUUUAUUAAAGGUGAAAAUGUUCUAAAACAGCGUUGCCCUGUUUGAUUGACUCACAAUAAAACAGAUUCAGGACAGGUGUGACUGCAGCUUAGCACACUUAAGUUCAUUUUUUAUUUUUAUUUUUUCAUUCAUUUAUUCAUUCAUUUGUCCUCAAAGGUAUUCCCCAUCGCUGUCACUUCAUACUUGAAUAUCCGGGAGGGGUCAUGUCGGAGUCCUCCCCCUCACCUGGGUCCCGGGACGAAGCUUUAGGAGGCGCUGCACGUUCUUUUUCUUUCCCUUGAUUUAUUUGGUUUCCUUUUUGAAUCCAUGGCUUUGCAUGGAAACUGAACUGAGAGGCUUGCCGAGCAGAAAACAAGCGACGGGGAACUCUAUGCGUCAAUGAUUUUUGAAUGAAUGCCAGCAACUUUCUCCACAGGCAGCUUUGAAUCUUUGUCUCUAUUUUCUAAAUUUCUUGUGAUUGAAUGAUUUUUGGGGGGGUGGGCUUCAAAAGAAGAGGGUUUUUUUUUUUUUUUGUUUACUUUUUGUGUUCCCUUAUCAAAAAAGAAAAAARGAUUAUUGGGGAUGAAACUACUGAGAGAACAGUGACAGUACAACAAACUUCUCAGACCUUGUAUUUACACCACAGAGACCCCUGACAGCUGUCAGAUCAGAUAAUAGUAGAUGUCCUGUAGCACACAUAUGGUACAGUAUAUGAAGCUAGAUUCAAGAUAUGCCACAUUAAGCCCAUCUGUGGUGGCUGUGAUGCAAACAUGCAAUCUCCACAACGUUGUCCUUGGAAGCACCUUCACAGACCGUGCAUGAACAGACUCAGAAGCUGUAUGCUGAAACCUGACGCCAGUCCAACCAAAUGUACAGUUUUCCAGUUUGAUGUUCAGCCUCCCGUAUUAACGCCUCUCUGUGUAUUAACUCCUGUUCACCGUGAGUCGAUACUCUCCCAUGUUUUAAACUGGUCAAUGAAGAUGCAUUUCUAACAAACUUCAGUCAAUUCCUGUUUCCAGCUGUAGGAUAAAAAAAAACACAGUUUGAGUGUGAAAUUUGUGUGUGCUCAGGUGUCUUUCAGCAUACUCAGUUAAAUUUUCACCAAAGAUGUAGAUUUUCACGUGUUCCCCUCGCCCCCCCCGCCCCAGUGUUAAUAACACCUGUUUUUUAAUAGCUUGCCAUUAUUCCGCCAAUCAUCCCUUUACUGGCUUUUUUUUUUUUUUGUACUUGUGUUUUCUGCAACAACAAAAAAAAAAAAAAGUAUAUUCCAUAUUGGGCAGAAAAGUCGGGCUUCUUUAGUGCAAAUGUAGCUGUCGGCACCCACCGUGCAUUUUGUGACCUGCAAUCAUAACUGUUGCAAUAUACUUGUUCUGUGCAUAUGAGCAACAAAUGUGGCAAAUUCUCCCCCUGUGGAAACCUUUUGGCUCUCUCCUUUGUCAGUAGGAAUGUGAAGAUCUUAUUGUUCCUAUAUAUAAGUUUGUGAAUCACUGACUACAGCCAAUGUACAGACAGCAUGGCACCAACACUUCCAGAGUCGACACGAUUCAUUCCCAUUGUAGCAAGACGGAUACAGCAGGAAGAAAAAAACAAGCAGCACUGUUACAUUUCUCCUCCACCAGCUGGCACUUGUGAUGUCAUCAAAGGUUGUCCAGUCCUCCUUGUUUUGAUUUUUAUUUUCUAAGCCAUCAUUAGAAAAUCAAAGCUGUGUUCAAAAUGUUCACUCACUCAGACUGUAUGUGUACAAAAAAAAAAAAAAACUGAAUGGUGCAGGUGUAGCCAGCUUUUUUGUGUUGCAACACUAAAUUCUGCUUUAAUAUGUUUAUUUGCAGGUAUAUUGCAUAAACAAGCACCAGCAGCAUACAUUACGUUAUAAAUAAAUGGUUUUGUUUUUGGUUGAAAACCUUAUAAUGACAUAAUUCAUUAUCAUAAAAGUUGCACUAAGUCUUAUGUUACCAGUUUUACUUUCCGUGAAGUCGGGGAAAGUCACAAAAAUCAACUGCGGACAAUAAGUGUCAGUAUGCAAACAUCAGCAUUAGCGUGCUUACAUUAUUAUCAUCUGUGGUCAGUCAAGGCAUUACACUUUGUUUUAUGUACACUAUUUCUACUGUUCGGGAACGCUUUAUAAAAAAAAAAAAAAGGAAAUAACUGGUGGAUGUUAGCUGCCCUGCAUGUUAAUGAUAGCAUGCUAACAUUAGCAUUACCAUGCCUAAUUGACUGAAGCUGAAAUACAGUAGAGCUAAUGUAGACUCACUAUACUGUAUGACAUCGAAUUGAAUUGAAUUUCUAGUUGACCAUAGUUGAUGCUGUUAGUGUGCGUGAAAUAUUAGAAAGUGUUGAAAAUUUGAAGAUUGAAGAUAUUUGCAGUGUUUAAAAACUGGAAACACUGAGGUAAACCUGUACUUUUUAACAAAGCAGAGAAAAACAUUUGCUAAUGCAACUUUUUGCAAUUUUUUUAUUUAUUCUUAACUGUGUAUGUUAAGCAUACUAAUAUUAACAUCAGCAAUAUGUUAUUCUACAACAUUGUUUCUUGGUUGGCUUAGACACAGUAAACGGUCACUGAUAUAAUGUACAUCACCGCUAACACUAACAUGCUAAAGACUACAUUGGUGGCUUUAAAUGCACAUCAAAAAAUGCCUCCACCCAUUUCUAUGAAACAACCUAACGCAGCAUCUGAAUACAACAGAAAUAUAAAUGCCAAUAUGUUAUGGCAUUUUGUUCAUGAUAUGUCCAUUAUUGACACGUCUGCAAGAAUAAAUGGUCUAGACAGUGGCUGGGUGGUUGGGUAUUAGUGUGUUAACAUGUUAAUUUCAGCAUCAAUAUGUUGAUAUCCAGAGCUACUCAGCGGUCAUAUAGGCCAGUGGUCCCCAACCUUUUUAUUAUCGCGGACCGGUCAAGACUUGGAAAUUUUGCUGCGGGGGGCGUGAACCGUCAGAAAAGGGUUCUGCAUGUUGUUGAUCCCGCUAAAUCCUGAAUAUACCCAAUUUGGGUUGUCUUGGCCCUUUUAUUGCAUGUUAGCUUGCUAAAUUUAGCAUUAGCAUUCUUUGUCCAUUCAGGUUAUUCGGGGGGUUUUAAAAAGGAAGUGUACCACUUCAACACUACUCUUUUGUACCAUUUGAGAACUUCUGAGUGCACAAUUAAUGGUAGAUUUAGAGUCAUUGUUAUCUGUUUUCAAAGGCACUAGAAUCCUAAUGUUAGUUCAGGCUUAAUUUAAUCAUGGUCUUGAUGAUGCCAUGUAGGACUUCUACAGACUAUCUUUACUCUACCAGGCAGCAGCUUUUUAGUACACUACCUACAUAGUGGCUAGAAAGCUAAUCAUUAGCGGAGAAUGUUAGAAUGCUAAUGUUAGCCUUAAUGGACUUGGUCAGCUCAGGUUGUAGGGCACAGUGGUCUGUCUUUAACAAUGUACAGUGAACUGUACAUUCAAGUAAACAGUAGAAAUUGUGCACAGGAGAUGAAAACGACUCUAGUGUACUAAUGAAGAAUAAGUGAACAAUUUGAACACAGCUUUGAAGUUAGCGUUAUAGUAAAAAUGAAGAAUGGUCUGAUUGAGUGAUCCCCUACAAUUUAACCCUACAAUCCUAGCCAGUAGGCCAACUUCAUAUGCAAGUGUGACAGAUGUUUCUCUUCCUCUCUGUUUCUUCCAGUCCGUUCUGUUAAUGUUUUUGAUUUUUACAAAGCUGUCUGAGGGUUUUUCUUUUUUCGUAUAUGCCCCGUUAAGAUUGCCUGCUUCUAGAGUUUAGGUUUUUUUUGACUGCACUAAAGAUGUCAACUGAUGAUGUCAUGAUUUAAAAAGAAAAAAGAGGGAAAAAAAAGGAAAAAAGUCUCCAUUUAUGGUUCGGAUGGAUUCAACUACUGGAGCAAGAACUGAACUGCUUCUGCUUAACCCCCUCGUGAAUCCCUGAAGACGGUCAGUGCAACCCUUCCCCCUUCUUGGUGGGGUUAUGUUCUUUUGGUUCUGUUCAGUGAGCCCACAUUCGGAGGCUUUUGCUCUUUCUGGGUCCAGUUGUCCAAUGUGUGAAAUCCUCCACCAACUCAAACCACGACCUUGCAUGUUCUACCAACACUGAAGCUGCACCUAGCAUGAUGACAAACUUUUAAGGACAAUGUAGAAAAAACAGAUAGAUAGUUAUAUGAAAUCAAGAAAAAAAAAAGAAUAAAGAAGUUCUUAGUUUACUUUUGA